UUGGAUUUGCAUUUGCAGCGCCUUUUACAAAUUUCUUCGUGGGAAUAUUGCUGGAAAAGUGCCUGGCGGAUUUGAAUAGUUUAUGUAACUGCAUCGUCCACGGCACAUCAAUUUAGCCUGUGAAUCGUGUCCCGGGUGUGUCAAGAAGUGCGUUCGUCCGUUGUUUAAGCGAGCGGAAGGAAUCGCUGGGAGAAUGUCGUUGAUCAGGACUCCCUUCUCGGAUCUCAGCGGGAACAUGUUCACGUUCCAGAGUGACCGCCAGAACCCCCUGUGCCGCGCCAUCGAGAUCCAGCUGUACAAGUGCCUGGAAGCGGCGGGCGUGCCCAACUGGCGCAAGACCUGCAAGGACGAGUACGAGGACUACGUGGAGUGCGUCACGCGCCGCAAAACGAAGGAGCGGCUGGUGUGCAUGCACAACGAGCGCGCCCGCCAGUUCCUGGCCGGCAAGAUCCCGGACGAGUACCUGCCGUUGCCGCCGCGCUUCGCCUGGCGCCCGCCCGUCGGCUAGCGGCUGCCACCGAACGGACCAGUGGGUCAUUCUGGAUGUGUAUAUUUUGCGUAUUUUGCGGGAUUGUCAUUUUCCUUAGUGUUUUGAGAAAAUUAGCAAUUUACUGAAUUUAGCAGUCGCUGUGGAAAUUGUGUGUCAAAUGUUCUGCCAGAUUUUUGAGUGACUUAAUAUCUCCUGUCGCCACCGGAAGUCGGUAGUAUGCACUGCAGUCGCGUGUGUCGUUUAGUAAAAGGAAGAAGCGGUAAAUGUGUAAAUUUGUACUGACUAAUUGUGCAAUAAUUAUUGUGGCGCUUACUGUACGAGUACCUGAAUUAAAAG